CCCCCUCGUUCUGUCUAACUUAAACAUUCUUGAAUCAUUCAUAGUGUUUUCUACUUUAUGAACGCUUUCUACUCCAGCUGAACUUUGGAUUAUCCAAACAGAGAGGAAAGAUUUGGAAAUAGGAAACAAAAGGAUGGAUGAAGAGAGUGGAAUAGAGAGAAAGGCAUCGCCAUGGGCACUGAAACAUACACAGAGAAAUCAGGAAGAAGCGGGCCCAUUGAGAUACAAGUGGAAGAGAUGCUCGCUUCAUACGCUGUUCAACCCUGGCUGAUCAGGGACGGAAGAGCUGGAGCUGAGGCCAAGCAUCAACCUUCUCUACAUACAGUGUUAAUGGCUCUCAAAUGACAGGAGACAAAUUCACACUUUGACUUUUGAGCACUAAACAACCUUCAGGCAGAGCUGUGCUGGGCAAUGUCACUGUCAAAUAGUGUAAACAGGAAGAGCAGGCACUGUAUGUGAGUGCACACAGAUGAAUUUAUAGUUAUGGAAGGGAUAUUUUUGUUCAUUUAAAUGGUUAAAUUAAAGAUUAGAAUACUGCUGAAUCUCUAUCAUCAAAAUGACAGAGGUGAGUUUAGAUGAAGACGUACCAGACCAGAGUGAAUUGAUGUCAGCCAGUAUUUGAUAGAUGUCUACACAGACUUUCGCUCUGUGCAUACUCAGAUGGAAAUCAAUAGCUCCACUCAACCGAUGGAAUUUGCCUUUUAAGAAUUGUAAUUGUGUCUGGAGAGCCCAACAGGUCCGCCUGUGAGCAAAAAUGCUGCUCUGCUGGACUGCAGAUAAGGAGAUAACAACAUGUGCCAUGUGCACAAUCACUGCGUAUUUUUGGAGAAACUAAUGUUUUCAAAUGAAUGAUGAUGUGGCCACUGAUUUGUGUCCAGAGAUUAUAUUCAUUGUACAUCAAAAUCUGUUUGCUCAACUGGUGCCAUGCAAGCUGUGUUCUUUUUUUUCUCCACAACAACAUACAGCGAUUCAGUAAAGUGUGGCAUAGUUACAGCUUUAAAGGAUUAUUGAAGAAGUAAUAAUUUGCAUCAAAUUUUCUUUGUAUACGAAUAUACAUGUUUGAUAUCAAUAUAUUUCAGGCAUUUUUCUACAGAGACUUUAACAUUUAAAGAGAUGAUAUUUUUGAUAUUGUGUUGGAUGACUGAGAGGUAUUUUGAUGAAAGCUGACAUUCCCUCGAGGUACAUGUUUCCCAGCAGGGCAGAGCAGGAUGAGUUAUUUAUUUUUGCAGGAUAGUGUUUGUAUGGAUGAAAAAACUUCAGCAUUGCCACUACAAGAAAAUAUACAGAACAGGUUGUAUUGUGAGAAAGAAAAUGUUGGGUGGUGAAGAAAAGUGACAUAAACCAAAUACCUAGUUGUGCUUUAUCAGACAGGAGGCAUGGGGCUAAAUGAAUGCAUGACUGACUCUUCACUUUGUCCUGCCAUCACUGUGUUUUUCUAUGCAUUUCUGUGGAGAGGCUGUCUGUUGGUGGAUCCAACAUGCAGGGUGCUCUGCUCUCCAUAAUAUAGAGUUAAGAAAUAAUUGUCUCUCAUUUCCUCAUAUGAUGUCCAACAGGUAAAUCCUGCAGUCACUGUAAACCUGAUAAAGUUUCAUGUUGCUUUGGCCAAUGAGCCAUUGGUAAUGAAAUAAUUAAAAAAAAGUUUACUUAUAUAGCACUUAUCGAAACCAGAGAAGGACAAAAUCAAAAUAUAAAGAAUAAAAAGUAAGAGGAAUAUUACUAUAAAUAAGCAAACACAUAUUCAUAGGUCAUUCUAGCCACUAAAGGGUUCAGAAAUGUUUGCUGAUGAACAACACAACUUCACCUAGACUGAAUUCACAACCAGACUUUGGAUCAAUUAAAAAAAAAAAAAAAAAAAAACAGUUUUAAAGAUGAUUGGAAUGUCUCAAAAAAGCUGUCAGUGAUAUUUUGUUGUGUGUCCACAAACUGUUGGGAAAUAACUUGUGAGAAGUAAACACUUUGCAUUUAAUGUGUGUGUAUCUGUGUGUAUACUUUAAACUGAACAAUAACUUUAGUGUUGAUUUUAUGUCCGUACUCUCUAUUCUAAACUGCAGUGGCUGCAGAUUAAUCUUUCCUAAUGUCAAGACUCGAUGAACUGGGUGUUAAAUAGAGGAAAUUAAACUGACUGCAAGAACACCGCACUUAAUCAAAGUAACCAAAAAGCUGUUUCAAAAAGAAAAAUGCAUUCACUGGCAUCAGCAGCUGCAUCAGUUAAUUGAAGAUUAGUGGGACGAGAUAGCAGGCCGGCGGUGCUAAAGGCCAUCAACUGUCUCCAGAAGAUAUUCUAAUGAAUUCAUGGUGGUUUGUCAUGGUCAUACACGCUAGAACCCGGCUGCAGCCAGCAGCUCAGCUCCAUAAAAUGAAGGACAGGGCAGUAGUGGCCGUUGGGACAGAGAGGUCGUCUAGAGACUGGAGCAUCAUAAGUUCAAACCCAUGAACCGGAAAAAUAUGCUAAGAAAAUGUGCAUAAGAAAAGCACAUUCUUAACUCACUGCCUUGGUGCCCUCCAGUAAGGCACACAAACUCCGAAGAGGACAGAGGUUGUGCUGUGCAGCUGUUUGUAUGUGAAUGGGUAGCAAGUAAGUGCUAGCGAUAAAACACAAAAUGCCUUUAAUUCUAGGGUGCUUUUGUUGUACCAUUUUGUCUAAGUAUGUAUAUGUAUCGGCAAAUGUUUACUCUGUUUUUAAGUUAUCUUUUCAUGUGGACCAUAGAACACCAGGUACAAAUCAAAAAUCACUACAUUAAGACUAUUACAUGAAUUUAGAGAAAUUGCAAACUGUUUAAACACUGUUUGAGAUUUCUGAAAAUUAAAAACAACAACAACAACAACAAAAGAUUAUUCCUCAAAAUAUUAACUUUAAAUUCUUCACUUAAGGUGAACAAAAUGACCACAUUUCGCGAAGUAGUUGCCUUGUUAUAUUAAUUACAUCAUAAUAUGUUAGUGUGAGGGAGUCUGCAGACGAACAAUGCAGUGUCAGAUUUGGGCAACAUAUCUUGUUUAAUUUAAAAAAUAAAAAUGGCAGUUGAAGUCUUUUUAAGGACCUCUAAUAAAGUUUUAUUUAAAUACAUCAAAUCUGGACCUCAUUAACCUUCGAGAGACCAAAAGCCGGUUUCAGAUUCAUGAAAACUGGUGUAAUUCAUCAGGUGAAACUGCGGACAGCAGCCUCCUCUACAAGGGCAAAGUCGGGGUGCGCAUGUUUCAAAGUACCGCAUAUCCGUACAGCACACCUCACAGGGGCGGCAUUGAGUUGUAAGGGUAACUCCGCCCGGUUAAGGUGGCCGCAUACUACACAACAGACAUACCACUCUCGGUUGAUCACGUGACAGGGGAACGAAAGAAAAAAGAAAGAAGGGAGGAAGAAAGAAAAAUGAAAUAAACAGCGAAAAGACUGACAGAAGAAGAAAACGCCUUUAUUUACAGUCUUCAUCCGAGGGGACAGAAAAAGUCAGACGAAGAAGAAGAAGGUGGAGACUUGGUCCAGAUGUGAUGGAGGACAGAGGUGGAUGUCUGCUGGAUAUGAGAUAAGCACGUAAAUAAAGAAUCUGCUGCGGAAAAGGAGGAGGGAGAAGAUGAAGCUGAACGAACGUAGCGUGGCGCACUACGCCACCUGUGACUCACCGCCAGAUAAGACGGGCUUCCUGUUCAAGAAGGGUGAGCGCAACACAGCUUAUCACCGCCGCUGGUUCGUCCUGAAGGGAAACAUGCUUUUCUACUUUGAAGAGCGUGACAGCAGAGAGCCCAUCGGUGUGAUUGUCCUUGAAGGAUGCACCGUGGAGCUCUGCGAGUCAGCCGAGGAGUUUGCCUUUGCCAUCAAGUUUGAUUGUGCCAAAGCACGGGUGUACAAGAUGGCCGCUGAGAACCAAGCAGCCAUGGAGUCGUGGGUGAAAGCGUUGUCGAGGGCCAGCUUUGACUACAUGAGGCUGGUGGUGAAGGAGCUGGAGAGGCAGCUGGAGGAGAUCCAGGAGGCUGCAGGAGGCAGCUUGGUCGGGGCUGGAGUUGGAGGCCCGCAGGGCAGGCCUAAGUCCUCCAGGCGAAACCAGGUGGCACGGUCCAGGUCUGGAGCAUCAUCCUCUUCAUCUUCUUCAUCCUCCAUGUCAUCAUCAUCAUCUAGUGCCCCUCCCAUGUCAGGCUCAUUAUCUGGCCAGAGGAGCCUCCAGGACGAGGUGCAGCUCAUCUCUGGGUGUUCCAAAGAGAAUGGGGUUGCAUGGAGUAAACCACCAGCUGCCUUAGCUAACGGCUUUGUGGAGGGAGCCUCGUCUUGCGUGGCCUGGGAAGGCUGCGCAGACUCUGGGAAUGUGGGUGGUUAUGGGGCCGAUGGAGUCAGAGCUCCACCAGUGCCGCCCAGGAGAAGAGGAGCAUCUCUGGAAAGCCCCGUCUCUCCAGGCACCGGCUGCUUCUCCAAACUCCAUGACUGGUACGGCAGAGAGGUGGAGGAACUGAGGGUGCAGUGGCUGCAAAGCCAGUGAACUGACAGAGGUGGAUAAUCUCUUUAUUCCACACUUAUUCCAUUCCUUCCUGAUCAUUCUACACUGUUAAACCCUUCUGAACCCAACAGAAAGGCGAGAAAACUAAUUGCAAGUUAUAGUCUUAUUGCCAUUAGAAAAACGACAGCUAUAAAUUCUAGAUUGAUUCCAAAUCUUGUCUGGCACAGGGGAAGCAAUCUGUCUUAAAUGUUAACACUAUCUUUUGUACAAUCCAAGAAACACACCAUAUGCUCUUUUCCACAUAAAGACAUUUUAUUGCCAGUGACAAUAAAAAUGAUGAGAGUACAAUGUUUAAAAUGGCAAUCAUCUAUUAAAAAUCGCCAAUUUUUCUAACACACUGCAGAGACCUUGGCUUUGAUUGGUCUCAGUCGGUACAAUUCAGAAAAAAUAUGCUACUAUAUUGUCAGUCAGUGUUCAAGUUUCCCCCUCCUUUCUAGCUCCUAUAUAUCUAAAUGUACUUGUGCAAUUGCUUUGUGGCCAUUUAAGCUCUAAGGACCUUGAAAAUAUAAUGCUUUCGUGAGUUGUACAUGAAAAUUACUUGGUCGCGCACCUGGACAAUACAGUAAACAAAUAGUAACUGCUACAAUCCCCACAGUUAAGUUUAUUUCUAAUGGAAAGGAAAAGCCUGAGAUGGUUUCUGUUUCUUGAAAGCCACAUAAAUAGACAAAUCCACAUAGAUCCCGUUGUUAUGACACAAUAACCACAACAUACAGUGGUGAAGCUGACACACAAUCCUGCAGCUCAAUGCUUAAAGUUCCUAUUUGGUGCUAUCUGAAUGUAGUGAGGAAACUGUUUAGUGCUUUUCUGAACUAAGGAAAUUAAAGAACGAGCAAAGAAACGGUUUUAUGACAUGGACACCAGAGCAGUUAGCAGCUUUCAAGGUACAAAUCCAUGAUGUUUCCUACAACUUCUAACCUCCUGAACUCUUACAUUGCUUUAAUGUUGUGACUUAUAGCAAAGUGAGGAUACUCUGGCAAUAAGAACAAACUAGUCCAAAUUCUCCUCCAGUCUCCCACCGUGGCAUCGCUCACCCGGGAGGCCUUGUGGUUGCUAAUGUCAGAGCAUCCUCUCGACAGUUACCGGGGACUGUGGCGGGAGCUGGAUGUCUGGCUCAGAGCAACACACCCUUUAUUUUUAGCCCUUGUUAGCCAGUGGCCAGAUGAUGCUGUGUCAUAAGAGAGCUUGUCACUUAGUUCUCUGUCGACGUUUGUAUUUAAUAAAGGAAGAAAGUUUAUCCUUGAACUUGCAGAACUUGACGCGAUCGUUUCACUUUAUACAAUCAAAUCAUCCCAUGUUUGUUACAACUGAUUAGCCUGAAUGUUACUAAAUGAGUGUAAAUGUUGUCGGCCCACACUGUAUGUGAACAUCUAACCUCUUGGUUUAUAUAUAUUUACUAUUCCAUGUUGGAAAUUAACACUAACAGUCCUCACAGUGGGCCUUUAAAAAUUAUUGCUCAUACUGAAUUUCUAUAUCCAAUCAUAGAGCUGUUUACAUUUUUGUUUUAUAUGUGCCUUAUGUUAUCUUUAUAACUCGGUUUUUGUACUUGCAAACAUUACCAUGUGACUACAUCAAUGGGAGGGACUGACUCAUCCUCUUUUCCAACUGUAGUGCUCUUCCUUUCUUUCCUUUCUUUCUUGCCAAAGGCUCAUCUUGGUGCAAUCACUUUUUGACAAUGGCUCAGUUACUUCAGUCUGCAUCGGUGCACAGCGCUAUCAUUACUGUUACACACUUGGCUUGUCCCGAAACAACACUGUGGGAACAAGUGCUACAGUGUGGGUUCUGUUUUUUUUGUUUUUUUAAAAAAAAAUACCAAUACUGAAACUGUAUACUUUUUAGACACAUUAUCUACAAUUACAGCUGGUGCAUUUCCAGCUCCAGGUGUGUGUGUGUUACUGUAAUUACAGACUAAAUGAAUAUGUGAACGUGUCAAAUUUACCACGUAAAUGAGAAUUAUACCAAUCUGUUUUUCAAGAGUGCCAAGUGAAGAAGCACAAUGAAAUUUUUUCCAUGAAUUUCUAUCAUUCUAAUAACAGUUUUCAAUGCUAUCGUGUAAAUAAUACAUUGAAUAACCAAUAGUAUUUAAUACAUUGUCCUAUUAUGGUACUCUGAAAAAAUGUUUUGCUGUAAACCAUUCAAUAAACAAUGUUCAUAUCUUA